AUGAAUAAGUAAUAAGACAUUAAUAGGAGAUUGGCCCUAUUUUAUCAUCCAUUGUUUUUAUAAUUAGUUGAUUUAUGGAUGUCUUUGUUAGGGGAUACUAAAAUAGGAUUCAUUACAUUUAUUGAGUUAAACAUAAGAUUGCAGAAAGCUCUGUUGAUUGAGUUUCAACUAAAAAAUGCAUGUACUAUUUAUUAGAAAUUGAGUUAUUUCUGCCUUGAAUGAUUGGGUAAGAGAAGUAUAAGAUUGCUAUGAUUUAAAAACAUUAUACAUAAUUGAACCAAUUAACAUAGAGAAUGAAAUGAAAUAACUUCCAUUUGAGCCCACAUUAACUACUCUAGAUUACAAUAAUUUUAUGAUAGAGUUUUAAGAUAACCCAGCAAGGUAGUUUUUGAAUGUUAAAAUUAAUUCAGAAAUACUUGGUAAAUUUUUCUUUGAUUUAUGCUCGACUUGGUGUAAUCAUCUUGACAUAGAACUCUUCCACUUUUAUGGACUUACAUUAUUUUUUGCUGUGACAAGAGGAGACAAGAUAAAAUAGUCAUAGCUUAUGUCAUUAAAUGAUGUUUAAACCUUACCAAGAACUUUUUUUGAGGAUUUUUGUAAUUUGAAAUGUACAUACUUAAAAUUCAAGAAGAAAAAUUUAUUAUAUUAUAGAGCAUGGUGUGAAUGGAAUUAUUUAAGAAUGCCUGAAAUAGGAGAGAAUAUGUUUGAUAAAUUAGUCUCUUACUAUCCAGAUGAGUAAGUUAUAUAAUAAAUUUAAAUAGUGCAAGAGUAGAAGAUUUUUAUGAUUACUUUUCUAACAUGAUAGAAAUUGUUAGUAAAGAGAUCACAUCGACGCUUCAAAACUAAAAUACCAAAGAUAAAGAAGUAUCCAAUAAAAUGCAGGAAAAUCAUUAAAUUUAGAUUCAAUAAGAAAAUACUCAAUAAUAAGAUUCUAAAGAUGAUGAAUUUCACAAAUAGUCAUUGGAAUAAGAUGAAGCAAUGUUAUGGUAUGAGUAAUAAAAAAAGGAUUUGCCUGAAGAAUUCAAGGGUAUGAAAAAUAAUAAUAAAUAUAGAACAAAAAUCUGAUGUUUUAGGAAGAUGCUAUUUAUAAUAGAUUUAACCAUUGCCACCAGAUUUAUUCAUAUUAAGAUACAAUGAGAGAGAAAAGUGUUAUGUUUUAGAGAGGAAAGUAAAGAUUCCAAUAAUUGGUGUGCAAAAACCUAUCAUAAACACCACAGGAAAUGAAAAAAUUCAAUUAUAAAAAUAAUACUUUAAAUAGGAUAAGGAUACGAGUUUAUUCUAUACAAGUAAUCCCGUUAAUGAUGUUACUGUAACAACAUAAUAACAAAAUCAACCAAAAUAAUAAUUGCCUAAAGUUAAAAAAUAGAACCCUCAAUAGGAAAGAGUGAAUAAGUCAUUUUCACAAUAUGAUAAAAUCAACACUUAAGAAAAAGGAAAUGUACUAUUGCCACAAUUUGCCUAAGAAUAGCUGGUGUAAAAACAAGCAAAUACUCCUGGAAUGAAAUUGUUUGAAUAAUAUUCUACCGAAAUCAAUGUCAAAAAAAGAGAAGUUAAAUAAGAUCUUCCGUUGUAAUUAAUUAAGCAUCCCAGAUCAACUGUUACUGUUGAUUUGAAGGAGGAUUCUAAUCAAGAAUUAGGCAGAAUUAAUCUGACUCCCAUUUAAUCAUUUAGAUAAGCUUCAUAAUUACACAACACCAACUUGACCUUUAAAUAGAUUCAAUCUAUUUAAGAAACUAAGCAUUUAUGGUAGUCAAUGAUGACGUAAGAAGAAAUGGAGGUUUUGUUAUAAGAUGAGAAGAAGUUUUAUCAUAUGUUGCAUCUUUUGAAGUUGAAGUUCAAUUCCGAGCAUAAGUCAGAAUAUUUGAAAUAAUUUAAAUUAAAGCUAGAUAAUGUAUCCAAAAGAGAUGAAAUGGGAGGAAUAUUAACAAAUGAGGAUAGAAAAAGAUUCCAUGAUAGAAUAGCCAUGAUUCUUGAAAGAGAGAAGAAAAGAAAGAAACGCAGAAGAAGAAAUGUAAUCGAUCCAUACAAACAAAGAAACAGGAGUUGGUCCAUAAAGACUAAAUUCAAAAACAGAAAUUGCAGAGAGUAAUUUAAAUAGAUUUUUAUAAAUCCUUUGCUUUAAUGA